CCUCGCGAUGCGGCGGAGCUAGGUGUGCCGGCGAGGGGCAGAUGGUCGCCGUUGACGGUAGGCUCUUCCGAAGGCGCCGCGCGAAUCUGAAUGCAUCUGGCCUGUCGAUGGGCGCGAGGGACAACUCGUGUCCAAGACAGAGUCCGGACGCCUCGCUGGAGGGCGGGACUCAUUGUGCCUGAAGAAAGACCGAAGACCGCGUGGUGCUGAAGGACUUUACGUCAGAUUUGGAGCUCGCAAGGGAAAUCAAGCCGGGAAAUCGUGGCGCCGAAGCUCGCGGCCGGUGCGACGGAGGUACACCACGCCCGCAUUCGAUGGCGACAUUACCUUAUAGACCGCCGCACAUAAAGGAAGGAUUCAAUCUGAUCAGUGCAAGUCUCACUCUUUUCUCUUAUAUACAGCUCUUCCAAGGAUCAUUCCGCUUCCCCGACCCCCUCCUACCCAUUCGCGCAACCCGACUCUUUCCUCCGAAGCCGGCGGCUCCCAAGGUUGCCUUCCCCCCCACGAGCUGUCGCAAGCACACGAGCGCACGCCAUUCUCCCCGCGUGCGCUCCAUUAUGCCCCUGUGAAGACAAUUAUUGCACCAAAACACCUCUUGAGGUCAAAUUUUCUUUCAACAAGCGGCCAUGCUGCUCAGAGCAGCCCGAUUUCCGUGCUGGCGCACGGCGCGGUACAUACAUCCGAGCUUCGCCGGCCGCGCACGGUGGACAAGCCCGAAUGGUAUUCAACAGCAUAAGCUCCAGCUGCGAGUUUUCACCUCUGGCAGUCCAUGGCAAAACCAAUCCACCGAUGGCAAAGACCCUACCUCUGCGAGAGAUAAUACCACGCCGACCGGCGCUGCUGCCGAAUUGGCCAAUGCCGCUAUUGUCCAGAAAGCGGGCGCCAGCGAGGCGAAGAACACCCCGAAGAAAGAUAUGUUAAGCGAGUCGGCUAUCGCAAGCAAGGAACAGCGCAAGGCAGAUUGGGCUAUCAUGCGAGAGAUGGCCAAAUAUUUGUGGCCCAAGGAUGACUGGGGUACCAAGCUUCGGGUUGGAACUGCACUUUCAUUACUUAUUGGUGCGAAGAUCCUCAAUGUGGAGGUUCCUUUCUACUUUAAGAACAUUGUCGACUCCAUGAACGUCGAUUUUGCGACACUUGGUGGAACGGCAUACACUGUGGCAGGCUCCAUGAUCAUAGCUUAUGGCGCAACCCGCGUCGGAGCCACUCUCUUCCAAGAACUGCGCAAUGCAGUCUUCGCCAGUGUCGCGCAAAAGGCCAUUCGCAAAGUAGCUCGGAAUGUGUUUGAUCACUUGCUCCGACUGGAUCUCAAUUUCCAUCUCUCGCGCCAGACAGGUGGCCUCACUCGGGCCAUCGAUCGUGGAACGAAAGGUAUCAGCUUCUUGCUAACCUCAAUGGUCUUCCAUGUGGUGCCCACUGCACUCGAGAUCUCGCUCGUGUGUGGUAUUCUUACCUACCAAUAUGGCUUCCAGUUCGCCGCCAUCACGGCUACUACUAUGGUAGCAUACACGGCAUUCACCAUUACCACCACGGCCUGGCGCACCAAAUUCCGCCGACAGGCUAAUGCCGCUGACAACCGCGGUGCUACCGUCGCUGUAGACUCGUUGAUCAACUACGAGGCUGUCAAGUACUUCAACAACGAGAAGUUUGAAGUUGCCCGCUACGACAAGGCUUUGAAGAACUACGAAGACGCGUCAAUCAAGGUUACCACCUCCUUGGCCCUGCUGAACUCCGGCCAGAACAUGAUCUUCUCCACUGCGCUGGCCGCAAUGAUGUAUCUGGCGGCCGACGGCGUAGCCACCGGUACACUGACAGUCGGCGAUCUAGUUAUGGUGAACCAACUCGUCUUCCAGCUCUCCGUGCCACUCAACUUCCUGGGUUCGGUCUACCGUGAACUGCGCCAGUCUCUGCUGGACAUGGAGACCCUGUUCAAUCUGCAAAAGGUGAAUGUCACCAUCCAGGAGAAGCCCAAUGCGAAGCCACUCGAGUUGAAGCGCGGCGGCGAGAUUCGAUUCGAGAACGUCACUUUUGGCUACCACCCGGACCGUCCGAUUCUGAAGAAUGCGACGUUCACGAUCCCGGCUGGCUCCAAGUUUGCCAUCGUGGGCCCCAGUGGUUGCGGCAAGUCCACGAUCCUGCGUCUGCUCUUCCGCUUCUAUGACACCCAGUCCGGUCGCAUCUUGAUCGAUGGGCAGGACGUGCGCGAUGUGAGCCUGGACAGCCUGCGGCGAGCUAUCGGUGUGGUGCCUCAGGACACGCCACUGUUCAACGACACGAUCGCACACAACAUCCGCUACGGCCGGAUCGACGCCUCGGAUGAGGAGGUCCGCCAGGCCGCCGAGCGCGCCCGCAUCAGCCAGCUGAUCGAGCGACUACCCGAAGGCUAUGAGACGGCGGUCGGCGAGCGCGGCAUGAUGAUCUCUGGCGGCGAGAAGCAGCGAUUGGCGAUUUCUCGCCUGUUGCUGAAGGACCCGCAGCUCCUAUUCUUUGAUGAAGCGACCUCGGCGCUGGACACCUACACGGAGCAGGCCCUCCUGCAAAACAUCAACAGCAUUCUCAAAGAGAAGAGCCGCACCAGUGUAUUCGUUGCGCACCGACUCCGGACGAUCUAUGAUAGUGACCAGAUCCUGGUGCUCAAGGAUGGAGAGGUGGUGGAGAUGGGGUCACACCGGGAGUUACUCGAUCUGGAGGGAGUUUAUGCGGAGCUCUGGAACGCCCAGGAACGGUCGCUCGCCGAGGAAGGCGAGACGCCCUCGGAAGAGAAGAAGCUCGAAUAAGGCAGCGAUACCCAACCAAUUUGCUGGGGUUCUAGCCCGAUGUAAUUAGAUGCAGCAUGCAGCAUGUAGCCAUGUGGAUUGUGGAUAGAAAAAAAAAAGCAGAAUUCGCCAUACAUAAGUAAUGUGGUACACAUGGUAAUGCAUACUGGACAGUGCGGAGCCGUCCGUCCUUGCGUUGACGCUGUCAAG